GCCAGACUUUCUUCCGAAGCACGGGCUUUAUUGGGAUACAAGCCCCGCUGAAUUCACUGGAAUCAGGGAUGUUGCUCGGACGCGGCCAAAGCACAGUGCCUGGAUUCGAUGGCGAACCUGACCUGGAGGUAGUCGAGCGUAAUGGCAUGGCGUGUCUGCUAAACUUAUGGGUUCUCUGAUCUGAUCCUAAUAAAUAAAUGUAUUUCUAUUUUACUGACGAGAUGUUCUCUUUUUACCGAGUAGAUGAUUUGGCCCCGGAUUUACAUCGUUACGCAGUAAGGAUGAAAAUCAUUGGAUAUUAGAAGAUCCGCUGGCUCCAUCUUGCUUAUGCUGCGAUGAAGUGCACGAUCUUUUUGUCGACAGAGACAGUGUAUGCGUAAAUGGCCGUUUGUUUUCGUGUCCCGCGAGAGAGAACCAGAGGUGUGAAAAGAGUUUGUCUAUCCUUCACCUAAGAAAUCGGCCACUGAGUGCGAUCGCUCCACCUGGCAUGACUGUCAGAGCACAUGACUGGGCACAUGCCGACAGCUCUGCAGAAUUCGUGGAUAAACCAAUGCCGUUACAGAAGUUGCUUCGGAAAACGAUGACGGAACAAUUGGCUGUUCCGUCGACUGAGAGUCAAGGUCAACAAGGUGACCAUCUGAAGCUGCAGCAAAUGGCACUACUAGUAGCCGCCUCAGCUUCUACGCAAGGCAUCGCUCUUAACGGGAUGCGCAAAACAGAGUAUGUGCAGGAUGCACUUGACGUGCUGAAGAUGGAACCUCUGUCGAAAGGCACUCUAAAGCAACUACUCCAGAGAUUUCGGAGCCUGUCGCGGGAACUGGGGGGCGAUGGGAAGGGGCUGUGGAGCUAAUACAUAGGAUUGGGGUCUCGACGAUCUGCAUCUAAGAUGCGAGAAAAAGAUCGGAGAAGUAACCCUUGGGAAGGGUCACAACUGGCACACAAAAAUCCAGACUUGAAUACGACGCGCGACAGUCCCAAAAACUUGAAUUGCUGUACUAAUAUCAUAACAAAAAUCACAACUACGACUAUCUUCGAAGAUGCUGAGAAUCUCCUAGUAAGUACCUCCCAGAUUUUUUGAAAGACCACGAUAUGGGACUCCAUACUACCCAUUUUUAAUCUGCCUGGACCAAGAGCUGGAUCUCAGGUUAUCGCAGGUUUCAUUUAUUUUUCAUUGCAAGCAUGAUUAGCAUACUCUUUCAUGUUCUCGCUACGACGGAAUAUGGGAUAACAACAAUUUAUUUUGGUUAUAAUGCUGUGCCUGUAGUGC